AUGGCAGAAUCCCGUAGGGACGGGGGAUACGCAGGCUCGAUGUUACAAUGUCCGGCCAACCUCCGGGCCGGAGUCACCCUGCCGAUAGGAGCUCCCGAGGGGAGAUCAGGAGAUACCGGCGGGGUUUUCUCAAAGGAUCCAUGGGCUCGGGUAGGCUGCGCCUAUCAGCCACUGGCGAGAUACUCGGGCGAAAUGCAAGUGGAGGCUGUACCAUCCCCUCGGAGACUAGGUUCUUCACUAUUGAAUCACGCAGCUAUACUCCGUACAAGCACUGGAUAUCGGGUUUGCCCCAGCAGCCUCUAUGAUCUUCUCGACGUUUAUCCCCGGCUCUCUUAUGGUGCCAUUCCCGAGACCAACGCGUGGUUCUUGGAUCUCACCCCGCAAACCCGUUUACCUAGACUCCGCCCAAGCGCAGCUCACUAA